AUGGUGAAAUCCGAUGUGCGACGGGAUUAUUAUGCGGACCUGCAGGUUCCCCCCAACGCCGAAGCAGAGGAGAUCAAAAGACAAUUCCGCAAACUCGCGCUCAAGUACCACCCUGACAGGAACCCAGGUAGGGAGACCGAGUUCAAUGCCAAAUUCCAAGCCAUUCAAGCUGCCCAUGAGAUUCUGAGCGAUCCUCAUACUCGCCUUAAAUACGAUACGGAUCGAUUGCGCGCAGGCUUCGGCAAAUUCCCUACAGCCCCGAAGACAAAUACCGCGCGGAAGCCUCAGCCUGCUGGUGCAUACGAACCUCCAAGACCCCCGUUCACGAAGGCACCACCUCCUUUCACAAAGCCUCAACCUACAUCUACUCCGAAAGGACCAUCCGCAGGUGCGUCGCGAUAUGCGGCGCAUGCACGUGCAGGACAACAAUCAUGGCAUACGCCACAAGACGAUGCACAGACGAGAGCGGAUGCGUUCAGAGGAUUCUCGGGCAUGAGGGGCAGUGCCAAUGCCAAUGCCGGUGCCUCUUCAGGCUGGCGACAAUUCGACCCUAGCACAGGCCACUCGACUCCCGGAGGAACGCCUCGUCAACAGAACCAGCCUUUUGGCAAUCCACGCCCCAAGUCCGCGUAUGAGCGCUACCAGGAGAGUUUUAGAACUCAAAACCCUUCCUCGAACCCCCAUUCUCCCAAGAAGAGAACAGGGUUUGCACCCGGAACUGCUGGAGGUGACGAGCCCAUGGCCCGGAAUACUUCGGCAUACACCAGCUCUAGUCGAAGCGAACGACCAAGCAGUGCGUAUUUCGAGUCUGCGCCGCCACCUACGGCCAAGAAACCAUCCAACGUCGACCCUUCUGAAGAUCUGCACGAUUUUGAGCCAAGACCCGAAUUUUCACGUACCAGCAGCCGCUAUGCAACAUCCGGUGGCGAGAAGACGUUUUUCAAUAGCUCCAGACUGGGACGGUCAUCCACCAUGCGUACUCCUUCUGGAGGAUACCCGACCUCUAACUCGCGCACAAAUCCCCCAAGCCCCAUUCCUUCUCACCGAGAGCGGCACCGCAGUGCCAGCCCCAAGGGUCGUCGUGAACGAGCCUAUUCCGCCGAUGAAACUUCGAGUGAUGGGGACGACAGCGAGGAGGAAUUCUUUCCACCCCCAACACGUACACAGAAGCCCAAGGCCGUGCCUAAGAGUCGACUGGGACGCAACAAGAAGCCGUCCGAUUUCUAUGAACAAGGUGAUUCCAGCUCUGGAACAGGACAUAAUUCAGAUAGUGCAGCAUUCUCGAAAGGCCAAGCUCAGUUUAAUGGAUCUAUUCCUCGACCGGAAUCUGCUGAGAACAAACAACCGUCUUAUGCGUCCUUUGGUCGUCAUAGUUCCAGUAACUUGCACAAGAAAUUUUCGGAAGAAGAUUGGAAGCAACAUUUUGCCGAGUUCGAUUUCCUCGGCGCGAAUGCGAGAAAAGAAGCAAAAGAUAAACCAGACGUCUUUAGCAAUUGGAACUCGUUCACUCGUCCCCGGGGCCGAACGACGAACCGCACGGACUCGACUCAAUCGGCAGCAACAAACGGUUUAUCUUCACCUGCUAAUGGACGUGGAACCCACUCUCAACCCCAACCGCAGCCACAGCAGGCGCCAACACCAUUUGCGCAGGCAAAAUUUUCGGCCGAUCAGUGGAAAGAGCAACUUCGAGAUAUGACAUGGAAUGUAUCUGAUGAUAACAAAACUCGGCCAUCGAGCAAUACUCCUCCUUCGCGCAGCCCUAAAAAGCAAGCCAGAUCGGGGGCUAAAGCGAGGAGUGGUCCUCAGCCUGCAAGCGUGGCAACUGAAGCCGAAGAGAGCCGAGAUACGAUCAAUGGCACGAUCCCUCCACAGUAUGCUCAACCACAAGCUGCUCAGGCUGACGCAGAGCCUGAGGCUAUGGAUCUUGAUGAGGAGGUGCCAUCGGUGCGCCCAAAUCCCGCCGCCUCGGACCAUGGAUCUGCUAGCGCACCAGGGUCAGCCAACACCAGCUAUCCUGAUUUGAACACCCAUGCUCCGAAAGAUACCCCUGCGGCGCCAAAGGAACCGCAGGCACCACGAGCAGAUAAUGGCACAUCCAAGACCGAGACCCGGACACCCCUCUUUAACCUCGACAACCUACGGAACACCGCGCCAUUCACCAGCACGAAUAGCGGCGGCAUUGAGAAUCUGGAUGAUGUCUUUGCUACGUUGCCAUUCGAAUCGAGGCCAAAGCAACAGACAACCUCAAGGCGUGACACUCGCCCCCGGGAACUCAAGCUGCCUAAUCCGCCGAAGCGGCCCCGCGUACCCGAAAUUGAGCCCGCUCAGCCAGGGUCUCAGCAGUUUAUUCUCCGUCGUGAUCAGUGGAACUACUAUGUUUCCACCAUGGGUACGUACAUGCACGAGUGGAACGCAUUCAACCGUCGCAUGCUACUACACUUCAACACCCGACAAGAAGCCAUCGAGACAGGCCUCGCACCGGGCUGGAUGAGUGCCGUGGGCGACACAUCCCGUCUCCGAGUGAACGGAGGCGAUGACGAUGGACCCGAGAACAGAAAUACGUCUCGCACAGACACAGACGCCUCUGAAAGCGAUGACCUUGUGCCCGGAAGUCGGAAUGGCGGGUUCAGCGCCUAUUUGCGCAGUGUCGAAGAGGAUAUCCAGGUGCGCAAGCACUGGGAGGUAGCCUGCGAGAUGCAUCGUGAAAGCAUUGUGAGUCUCGGCAGACUUCGGGAGUGGAUCCGGAAUGGGGGCAAGGUUGUGUGA